AUGGAGGUGGCGCGGACGGCGGUGCACCCCGACUGGAAGCCCGUGGACCAGGGCGGCAACGAGCUAAACGACGUGGCCGUGAUCACGCUGCGCACCAGCGCCAAGGGCUACGCGCCGGCCACCCUGCCCCCCACCUCGUCGACCUCCUCGCUCAUAGAGGUGUCGCCACAAGGGUCGUGGGAGCCACAGGCGGCGGGCCGCGAGGCGCUGGUGGCGGGCUUCGGGGAGCAGCGCGAGGGCGACCUGAACAGCCUGCCCUGCGAGCUGCACGUGGCGACGGUGCCCGUGCUCGGCCGCGUCGCCUGCCUGCGCUCCGCCAUCCCGGACUUCUACGCGCGCCAGCCCUCGCUGCUGUGCGCCGGCCGCCGCGCCGGCGGCGUCGACACCUGCCAGGGAGACAGUGGUGGUCCUCUAAUUGUGAAAGAAAACGGGAAAAACAUUUUGAUUGGUAUAGUGUCGUUUGGCUACGGUUGUGGUCAGCCCGGGACUCCAGGCCUAUACACGCGAGUCGCCUCGUUCCUGCCGUGGAUUAGAGACCAGAUGGGACAAGAUAACCGGAUUCUCAGCGGAGGAUCGAAGGGUAGUUCGAAUCAGUCUAGUUCUGCUAACACGGGCCAUUACGUGCCACAGACUGCUUCCCAGCCUCAAAGCUCAGGGAACCACGACGUGUUAUGUCCACGAGGACUCAUUGUCUGA